GUUGCGAUAUUUCACGGUGGUUGUGUGGGCUGGAGGGUUUUUUUUUUUAAAUACACCGAUGUUGGAUAUACAGUUAUUUCUUUUUUGUGACCUAUGAUAAAACACGUUUAAUAAAAUUGAGCGAUAAACAUUAAACGGAAUACUUUUAUUUUAAUAUUUUUUAUUUAUUUAUUUUCAUAAUACUCAUUUUAAAAUAAAAAAAAGUUACUCAAAGAAUAUCAAAACGUUAACAUAUUUUUAAACAACCGCAUGACAUUCGUAACGGUUGUGUUUGUGAGUCUUAAGGCGAUACUUGCGAUAGGGACUCAAAAGUAUGGCAGCGAUUAUAAAAUCUCUAGUGAGACUAUAUCAUUAUGUUAAUGAUGAAGUAUCAGAUCCAAGAACGAGAGAUUGGUUUUUAAUGCCGACCCCAUGGCCAGGUUUCGCUAUACUUGGAUUUUACUUAUACUUUGUAUUCACUUUAGGCCCAAGACUUAUGGCCAAUAGGCCACCAUUUAAAUUAGAUAGAGUAAUGCAGAUUUAUAAUGUAAUACAAAUAUUUUUAAGUGGAUAUCUUGUGUAUAAGGCUUUGUCACUUGCAUGGCUUGGAACAUACAGUUUUGUUUGCCAACCUGUUGACUAUUCAAAUGAUCCGCGAGCGAUUGAGAUUGCUCGAACAGUGUGGAUUUACUUCAUGGUUAAAUUAUUUGAUUUAAUGGAUACAGUUUUUUUUGUUUUGCGAAAAAAACAAAAUCAAGUUUCUUUCCUUCACGUUUAUCAUCAUGCAGGAAUGGUUAUGGGUGCCUGGGGUGGAGUUAAAUUUUUACCAGGCGGCCACGUCACAUUUUUAGGCCUGAUCAAUUCUUUUGUACACGUAAUUAUGUACGGUCAUUAUUUAGCAACGUCACUGAAAAUAAGCAAGCCUUGGUGGAAAAAGUACAUAACCCAACUUCAGCUCACUCAAUUCUUUUUACUUUUGAUUCAUUUUUCUCAAUUAAUCUGGACUCGAGACUGUGGUUUCCCCCUUUGGCCAGCAGCGAUAUUCAUUCCACAAAAUCUUUUCAUGAUGGUGUUAUUUGGAGAUUUUUACUAUAAAACAUAUGUAAAAAAACCGCAAUCUAAAUCUGAUCAAAAUGGUAUUACUCAAAAGACAGUUAAUGGUAAUACAAAAAGCCAAUAAUCGAAGCUUACCAACAAUCUAUUACUAUGUUGAAUUGUCAAUAGAUUUUCAGUAUCAUAAAUUUAAUCAUUAUCAUAUAUAAAUAUAUAUCAAAAAAUAAUCAUUCAUCAAAUCCAUUGUGCAAAACUAAACACUUUCUUCGAUUAUUUUUGAAGUAUGGUCUUUUUGUCUACAUUUUAUUUGAAAUCUUUCAAUAUUCCCAAUUGUAAAAUGUUCCAAAAUUUAUUUUUAUUGGUUUUUUUUUUUUUUAUAAAAAAUGACACGUAAAUAAAAUUAUGUUUUUUCAUCUAUUGUAAUCUGACAAAAGUGUAUUUAAAAAAAGAUACCAUGAAAUAUAUUUUAACUAGGAGGUUUAGGUUAUUCUAGUGAUUUAAUUAAUGCGAUAAAUUUUACUAACGAUUUAAAUUUUU